AUGCAAUUUCAGGCCGAUGGAACCAGUGGACGACUCGAUGAAGACUUUUUCAGAUUGAACAGAGCGUGUGCUCGAAGUGAUGCCUUCAUCAACUUGAGAGAGGUAACGGCCCGAUUCCGUGUUACACCGGGUGAUUAUGUGAUUAUUCCGUCAACAUAUGAACCGAAUGUAGAGGCUCAAUUCUUGCUCAGGAUAUAUGCGAAUGGGUUUAUGGAAUCAAUGUGA